GAAUCUUUUCCCUCUCUUCGCAGCAGCCGCGUCCCUCUCGCUUCUAACUUCUCCAUUCUGUUGUGUGUGUCCUCAUUUCUCACUGAUUCGCCAGCCCGCAGCUAUCCUCCCUUCCCCGAUUCACCGUCAAUCCAUCACAGCUACGCCACCAUUCCAGCUUCAAAGUAGCCGCACCUUCUCUACAUUUCCCCUUAUGUCCUGAAAUCCUCACAGUCUAUCACCGGCUCACGGUCACUCCAAGAUUCGGCAAUCUCGUUUACCAGUUCCACACGACCACGAUUCCAGUUCCGGCUCCUUAAAGAUUUUGCAGAUCUUGGAUAUGAAUGCCUUCAAGGCUUUCAAAGCCAGUGUCCCAAUUGCAUGGAGUACUAAUCUUUAUAUCACAUUAGUAAGAGGCAUGCCAGGAACAAGGAGACUUCACAGACGUACAUUAGAGGCAUUGCGGCUCCGAAAAUGUAACCGAACUGUCAUGCGCUGGAACACUCCUACUGUUAGAGGAAUGAUUCAACAGGUAAAGCGAUUAGUAGUGGUUGAAACAGAAGAAAUGUAUAAAGCUCGUAAACAGAAGAUGGAACAGCACAGGGCGCUACGACCGCCAUUAGUUAUAAAUCACCUUCCGGCACCAAGUUCUGCUUCUGCCUCUUGAAACAUGUAUUGCUGUUAGAGGUACUUCUUGAGUAUCAGGACGAUGUUGAAAAGAAUUAUAUUUGAGUAGUGUAUUUUUCAGGAAUUACUUGACAAUCAAUGGCUUUUAUGCUCCAUUCAUCUUGCCAAAUUUAGUUGCUAGCUAAAAUAAUAUAUUGGAAUAUUUGCCAUUUUGAUAAUGAAAUGUCUACCAAAAUUAUUUUGAUGAA